UCACUUUAUCCUUCACUUCUACUUAUACUCACUUCCUCCUCGUCUGCCUCUGCUUUCUUCUAUUUCUUCUAUCAACUAGUCUUGCUCUGGCUGUCCAUCUCUACCCAGCUGUUGCGCGCCCUUUCUGUCGUCAAGCUAUUUACGGCCUUCCAGCUUUUUCUUCCUCAGCUUCUCCUCGUGGAAGAAACGCCCUGUUCACUGUCCAUCAGCUCUGCUCUUCGUGAUAUCCAUCUUGGCCUCGCAUGGCAUACAACUGACGAUACCCUGCGUGAAGGGUUUUCGAAGUUUGGCACCAUCGAGGAAGCCCUGAUCUCCCAUGUCCAGAUUGUUGUCAAGGACCGUGAUACCAACCGCAGCCGCGGCUUUGGCUUUGUUCGUUUCUCCAGCGACAGUGAGGCUGAUGCCGCACUGACUGCCAUGAACAACCAAGAGUUCGACGGCCGUGUCAUUCGUGUCGACAAGGCGACUGAACGCUCUUCUGGCGGCGGUGGAGGCUAUGGCCAGCGCCAGGGAGGCUACAACCGCUUCGACAACUCUGACCGCGGCGGCAGCUACAACCGCGGUGGUUACGGCGGUGGCUAUGAUUCUCGCCAAGGAAGUGGCUGGGGUGGGCAGCAGCAACAGCAGCAGCAGACAUACCAUGGCCAGAACCAGGGAGGCAACGGAGGAAUGUAA